AUGACAAUAUAUCGAUCGAAGACAAUUCUGAUCCCUCAGGACCAGAACUUGACGGAGCUCCUCCAUUCAUCAGCAUAUCCAGAGCUACCGGAAUCACACAUAAUAUGCGGUGAUAACUUGACGAACAGAAGCAUCACGAUUGGCGAGCUUAGAAACCGCGCGGGCAGAAUAGCAAAUGGGUUGAAGAAGGCGUUACGACCAAAAGAUCAAACCAGAUGGGCUAUCAUACUGCCCAACAGCGUUGAAUUUCUCGAAAUAUCGCAUGCUGUACUCUGGACCGGCGGUGUCAUAUGUCCUAUAAACCAUGCUCUAAAGGCAAGUGAGAUCGGGCAUGGUCUUGCAGUAUCCCGUCCAGAAUAUGUCAUUGUCUACGGACUAGUCUUGUCGGCCGUUCAGGAGGCUAUUAAGAUUGCAGGAGCAGAGCUGAAGAAGCAAGGAGUAAGAUGGAAGAAGCCCCAGCUCAUAACAACGAUUGUUCGAGCAGGAUGGCACGCGCAUAUCCCGGACGAUUUCUUCGCACAUGAUGUUCUCACCAUUCCACAUCACAACGACACUUCGAUUCGAUUAGCCUCGAUUCAUUUGAGCUCUGGGACAACGGGGAAACCCAAGGGCGUUGAACUCACGCAUUACAAUUAUGUGUCCAAUUGCUACCAACUGUUCGAUCACGACCCAGCUGUAUACAAUCCACGGAGCAAAACUGUUGCAUACACACCUUGGGUGCAUAUCGGUGCUACGACAGUCCCUCUUUUUGUAGGACCAUGGACGGGAAUGUUUCAUCACGCCAUGCCAGCGUACAAUCCUGAAAAGUUUGGUUCGCUUGUCGGUUCUAUUCAAGCAACGAUGUUUUCUGGAGUACCGUCUGUGGUAAUUAGCAUGGCUAACGGGGAAAUGACUUCAAAAUAUGACUUCUCGAGAGCUCAGGUCAUAAACGUUGGUGGAGCGCCAUUCAAGAAAGAGAUGGUGAAGAAACUAUACUCCAGAGCACCUUGGAAACUAAACCAGGUUUACGGAAUGACAGAGGCGGCUGGGUAUGUUGCAUAUCAGAGGUUGAACGAAGAACCGCCAGAAGGAUUUAUAGGGAGCUUUCUUCCCAACAUCGAAGCUCGCCUCAUCAAGGAAGGCACGUGCGAAGAUGUUGAAGUAGGAGGACCAGGAGAGCUGUGGAUACGAGGACCCAAUAUCACCAGAGGCUAUGCUUUCAAUGAGGAGGCCAACUUAAGGGCCUUUCCUGAAAAGGGCUGGUAUAAUACUGGUGAUGUUUGUGUGAUAGACUCAGAAGGGCGAGUGGGUGUUGUUGGAAGGACAAAAGAUCUUAUCAAGUAUAAGGGAUUUCAAGUGUCGCCAGUCGAGCUAGAGAGCUACGUUAACUCACACCCUGAUGUUCUCGAAGCAGGCGUCGGCGCUAUAUGGGACGAAAGUCAACUGACGGAGUUGCCAGCUGCGUGGGUUAUUUUGAAGCCCCACGUUGGCGGAACAAACGCUAUAAAAGCGGCCCUUGUGAAUAUCCAAAAAGCCAUUGACGGACAGGUCUCAGGCUAUAAAAAAUUAAGAGGAGGCGUAUGGUCGGUUCAGAGCUUGCCCAAAAACGCGACAGGCAAGAUUUUGAGAAAGGAAAUGGUGACUAUGCGAGAUGGUCCCUGCUCAUUGGAUCAACAUAUUCGUUCCAGACUUUAA